CACUGGAAUCAAUACAACCCAUCAUGGCAACGACGCAGCUUCCCAAGACGAACAAGGAGUGGAUCCUCAACGAGUACGUUAAGGGGCCCAUCUCCGACAAGACGUUCUCCCUCAAGGAGUCGCCAGUUGAAACGACGGUACCCGACGGAAAGGUCCUCGUCAAGGUUCUCACCCUGGGCCUUGAACCGGCCAUCAGGCCGUCUCUCUCGGAUGAGCCGAGCUACCGAGCGCCUCACCCCCUCGGCACCCCGGUUUGGGCAUACGGAAUCGGCGUUGUUGCCGCGACGUCCACGCCGAGCACGCAUCCCGUGGGAAGCAAGGUCGUCGGACUUCUGUCGUGGUCGCAAUAUGCUCUCGCCGAUGCCACCGCUCUUCGGCCUUACAAUGAGCAGAUCGGCCUCCAGCACCUCUCUGCGCUGGGUGCACCCGGUCUGGCCGCCCACAUCGGUCUCUUCAACAAUGUCGGCAUGAAGAAGGGCGAGGUCGUGCUGGUCAGCGGUGCAGCUGGUGCAACUGGUUCCAUUGUCGUCCAACUCGCCAAGGCCGCCGGUGCAUCCAAGAUCAUUGGCGUGGCCUCCAAGAGCAAGUGCCAAUCUGUCGUGGACAACGGAGCCGACGUCUGCCUCGACUAUGGCGCUCCCAGCUUCGAGGAGGAUCUCAUCAAGGCCACCGAGCGAAAGGUCGAUGUCUUCUUCGACAAUGUCGGAGGCCUCGUCCUCGACGCUGCGCUGGUGUGCAUGGCCAAGCAGGGCCGCAUCAGCGUCUGCGGUGCCAUCUCGGGCUACCAGAGCAUCGGAGGCGACAAGAGUCAGGUGUACGCCCUCAAGAACCACACGAUGAUCCUUCGUUCUGUCCUCACAGUCAAGGGCUUCAUCGUCAUGCCUCCCUACACGUCCCAGGAGGGUAUUGGCAAGGCCGUUGCCGAGCUGGGAAAGGCCGUCGUGGAGGGCAAGGUCAAGACGAGCAUCUACAAGUUCCCCGAAGAGGGCGUCGAGCACGUCCCUGCGGCUCUUCAUGGCCUCUUGACGGGCCAGAACACGGGCAAGAUGACAAUCAAGAUUGCCGAUGAGUGAACAACGAGAAUUCUCUACCAAUGUAUUAAAAUGAAACGACGAAAUCGACAAAAAGAGCUGGCAUGUAUGCACCCCUUCUUAAGAAGCCCAGCGUGGAUUGUGCUGUGAUUAGGCGGCUCCUCAAUAUGUAAUGAAGCGCAGGACCCUAUUGGGUUGCUCAAUCUUUGCUACGUUUCCCUCAGCCGACUGUCCAUGGGUGUAAUU